UUUUGGAGUGGGGACGUUUUAACUGGUAAGCCAAAGGUCACCAAGGUCAAGAUGGCGCUUCGUGUCCUAGUCGGUGUGAAACGUGUGAUCGAUUAUGCAGUCAAGAUUCGCGUGAAACCCGACAAGACGGGGGUUGUUACUGAUGGUGUGAAGCAUAGCAUGAACCCAUUUGAUGAGAUCGCAAUUGAGGAAGCUGUCAGAUUGAAAGAGAAGAAGAUCGCCUCGGAGGUGGUGGCAGUAUCAUGCGGUCCGACACAAUCACAGGAAACCCUGAGGACAGCAUUGGCUAUGGGAGCUGACCGGGCAGUCCACGUUGAGAUUGAUGCCAAUUCUUACGCGACCAUGCAGCCACUCCACGUCUCAAAGAUUCUGGCCAAAGUUGCUCAGGAGGAGAAGAUCGAUCUUGUCAUAUUAGGAAAACAGGCUAUUGAUGAUGACUGUAACCAGACUGGGCAGAUGAUGGCAGGUCUGCUUGACUGGCCACAGGCUACGUUUGCUUCUAAAAUGGAGAAGACCAACGGUGACCUGAAGGUGACACGUGAAGUAGAUGGUGGAUUAGAAACAAUACAGGUCAAACUGCCCUGUGUUGCCACGGCUGAUCUACGAUUGAAUGAACCAAGAUAUGCUACAUUACCUAAUAUCAUGAAAGCAAAAAAGAAGCCAAUAGCUAAGAAGAAGCCCGCAGAUUACGGUGUUGAUUUGACUCCACGGCAAGAAAUUGUGCAAGUGGUCGAUCCACCGACCAGAGAGGCAGGGAUCAAGGUGGAAACUGUAGCAGAUUUAGUGGGGAAAUUAAAAGAAGCUGGAACGAUAUGAGUUUGAAAAUAAGUCGAGAUAUUCUCACCCAAGACCCACGUUGUAGACGAUCAACUUUGCAUGGACUGGACCCACUAGCACCAUCUGCAUAGAAAUAAUAACUUAAGGAUUCGAUUUGAGUUGAUAUUCAACACACCAGUUUGUGAAUAAUUGUUAACGUUAGGAUGCGUGAUUGAGGUGAUUGAAAUCGGGGCUAAGGCUUUUGUGUUUGAGGACAAGAAUUUAAAGGAUAUGACUUUGAAAUAGUAGGUUUUUGAAAGUUUCUGUGCAGGGCUUGUGAUGAGUCCUGUCGGGGCUCCACCUUGUCAUCAAUAAUCUGAAGUUUUGAAAUGCUGAGCUGUCAAUAUGAAGUUAUGUGAGCUGUCCAUAAGAAUGUUGAUGGAAUUUUUCUGUAAUUUGGUGUUUACUGAUUAAUUAUUGAAUUCUACUGACUUGUAUGUAAAUUAGAUGAAAGAAUGUGAAGAAUUUGUACAUUAAAAAAGAAA